CCAUCACGAACAACCAAUUCAUGACAAUUAAGCAUUGUUUACGAAUAGAGGGAUCGUCAGCCGCACUCUCACUCGGACACGUUCGUGUAUCAAGGCCUCGCUGGCUCAGGAUGGCCGACUAUCCUCUAGAAGCCUUUUCACGCGAUUCUCCUAGGGGCAUAGCCUUCUCAAUAUCCUGAUCAUAAUAAGAGAUCAGCAAACUUUCUAGGGACAGAAUUCUUCAGAUAUGAGAUUCGGAUCCAAUUACUUUUGGAAUAUCUGUGACAAUUGUAGUGAGAUAUCCGAUGCAGUCAUUGCUAAACAAAUCAUAAGUGGCAAGACGCCUUCCAUAUUAUCGC